CACCAAACUAACAUUCACUUACUGAGCCCCUGUGGUACAGACAACCGAUGAUUGUAGGUCGCUCCCUGAUAAUGAAGUUGACACUAUUCUUCCUCCUCGGUAGCUCCUUGGCUGUAACUACUUUGGGCUGGACGUAUCAUUACUCAAAUAAAACCAUGAACUGGACCGAGGCCCGGCUGUAUUGCCAGUCUAAUUACACAGACAUGGUGGUCAUCCAAAGCCAAAUUGAGAAUGAUUAUCUGGUAUCCUACCUGCCAGAGAGACAAGGAAGUCCAUAUUAUUGGAUUGGAAUCACCAAAAACCACAUGAAUGAAACUUGGACCUGGAUUGGGAAUAACAGCACAUGGGUUGGUAAUGAGUCGUGGGCAGAAAACGAACCCAACAACAACCACAGCACAGAGUUCUGUGUGGAGAUCUACAUCAAAAAAGGAAAAAACAGAGGGAAGUGGAAUGAUGAGAAAUGUUCCCAUGGAAAACGCCCUGUUUGUUAUAAAGCCCAAUGUAAUGCAACAUCAUGCGGCAGAGGAACAUGUCAGGAGGCCAUAAAAAACAUAACCUGCCUCUGUGAAACUGGCUUUAAGGGAGACAGGUGCCAAACAGCUGUGGAAUGCCCCCAUCUGCCUCAGCCUGAUAACGGAGACUUUAGCUGCUUAGGAGGAAAUCAGACAUUUAACUCAACCUGUCAACUGAAAUGCCACCUCGGCUUCCUGCUGAUGGGCUCAGCGAGUGUCACCUGUGGGGCCACUGGGGCUUGGAGUGGCCCAAGACCAAUUUGUACAAGCUAUAAACAGGCUCUGUUGGCUGUGGCUGGGUGUGGAGCUUUGUCAGCCUUCUGCUGCAUUUGUUUUUGCUGGAUGAAACGCAGAAAAAGAAAGAAACUUACCCAAGUAAGGCAGCCUGAAGAAGCCAUAAGUCCAUCCAGUGAGGUGCACGGAUGAAGGACAACUGGAACCUUACUUAUAUCUUAUUAGAAUAUAUCUAUAACAGCCCAAAUGCAAUCACUCAUAUUAAUUAUAGUACACUGUUAAUAAAUAAACCUACUGUCACUGGCUGCACAGGCUAUAUGCCAAGAUAGUUCAGCAUUUUGUCUACUAUACUAUAUGUUAAAGCUUAAUCUGGAUAUGCUGCAUCAUUAGUGUAUGGGUGUGUAUGUGAUGGUUUAUUAUCAGGUCAUGUGUAUGUAACCUCAAAAAUGCAUUUAAUAACAUAA